AUGACUGCUCUUAUGCUUGCUGCUAAUGAGAGACAAUUCCAAGUUAUUGCUUUUUUACUUGAGAAAAAUCCAGACAUGAAUGUUCAAGGUAAUAAUGGAAUGACCGCUUUGAUCAAUGCUUCAUCUAAAGGAUAUCAUGAGAUUGUUGAACUUUUGCUGAGUAAAAAUCCAGAUAUUAACAUUCAAAAUAAUGAAGGAUGGAAUGCUUUGAUGUUUGCUAGUAGCCAAGGUCAUCACCAGGUCGUUGAGCUCUUACUAAGUAAAAAUCCAAAUAUUAUUUAUGCUCAAGCUAAUAAUGGAUACACUGCUUUAAUGCUUGCUAGUGGCAUCGGGCAUCACCAAGUUGUUGAAGUCUUACUAAGCAAAGGUGACAAUAUUAUUAACAUUCAAGAUAACAAUGGGUGGACUGCUUUGAUGUUUGCUAAUUCAAAUGGUCAUCACCAAAUUGUCAAAAUCUUACUGGGUAAAGAUCCAGAUAUUAAUUCAAAUAAUGUAGGACAUACAGUUCUGAUAGCUGCUAGUGCCAAUGGAAAUCACCAGGUUGUUGAGCUCUUGCUACAUAAAAAUCCAGAUAUCAAUAUGCAAGCUAAUGAUGGAUUAACUGCUUUAAUGUUUGCUAGUUGCAAUGGUCAUCAUCAGGUUGUUGAACUAUUACUAAGUAAAGAUCCAGAUAUAAACAUUCAAAAUAAUGAUGGCCAGACGGCUUUGAUGGGUGCUACACUAAUUGGAAAUUACCAGGUUGUUGAGCUAUUAUUAGAUAACAAUCCAGAUAUAAACAUUCAAGAUAAUAGUGGAUUGACCGCUUUGAUGGCUGCUAGUAGCAGUGGACAUCACCAUGUUGUUGAACUCUUACUGAGUAAAGAUCCAGAUAUUAAUAUUCAAAAUAAAAAUGGAGUGACUGCUUUGAUGUUUGCUAGUAGCACUGGUUUUGACCAGGUUGUUAGAGUCUUACUAAGUAAAAAUCCAAAUAUUAACAUCCAAGAUAAUACGGGAUGGACUGCUUUGAUGUUUGGUGUUGCUGAUGGUCAUUACCAGGUUGUUAAACUCUUACUGAGUAAAAAUCCUAAUAUUAACAUUCAAAACAAUGAGGGAAUGACUGCUUUGAUAUUUGCUUGUAGUAAUGGUCAUCACCAGGUUGUUGAACUUUUACUCAGUAAAGAUUCAAAUAUUGACAUUCAGCACAAAGAUGGAUGGACUGCUUUGAUAUUUGCUAGUAGUAAUGGUUACCUUGACAUCGUUGAAACCUUAUUGAAUAAAGAUCCAGAUAUUAACAUUCAAACUAACAAUGGAGAAACUGCUUUGAUUGCUGCAAGUUGUAAUGGUCACCGUGACAUUGUUGAGGUCUUAUUAUUUAGAGAUGUGGAUAUUAACAUUCAAAAUAAUGAUGGAUGGACUGCUUUGAUGUUUUGUAUCGCCAAUGAACAUUACCAUGUUGUCGAAGUCUUACUACGUAAAGAUCCAGAUAUGAACAUUCGAAAUAAUCAUGGAAUAACUACUUUGAUGCUUGCUUGUAGCAAAGGUCAUCACCAGGUUGUUGAACUAUUACUGACUAAAGAUCAAGAUAUUAACAUUAAAACUAAUCAUGGUUCAAGUGCUUUGAUGACUGCUAGUUGUGAUGGUCAUCACCAGGUUGUUGAACUUUUACUCAAUAAAGAUCCUAAUAUUAAUAUUCAAGAUAAUGAUGGGUGGACUGCUUUGAUAGCUGCCAGUGCCAAUGGACAUCACCAGGUUGUUGAACUCUUACUGAGCAAAAAUCCAGAUAUUGACAUUCAAAAUAAAAAUGGAAUGACUGCUUUGAUGUUUGCUAGUAGCAAUGGACAUCAUCAGGUUGUUGAACUAUUGCUUAACAGAGAUCCUGAUGUUAACAUUCAAAAUAUUUAUGGUGGCGCUUCCUUGAUGCUUGCUAGUAUCUUUGAUCAUCACCAUGUGGUUGAACUUUUACUGCAUAAAAAUCCAGAUAUUAACACUCAAGAUGAUAAUGGAUGGACUGCUCUGAUAGCUGCUAGUACUUAUGGCCAUCACCGGAUCGUUGAACUAUUACUGAGUAAAGACCCAGAUAUCGAUAUUCAAAACAAAGAUGGAAUCACUGCUUUGAUGGCUGCUUGUAGCUAUGGUCAUCACCAGGUUGUUGAACUAUUACUGAGUAAAGGUACAAAUAUUGACAUUCAAAAUAACAUUGGCCUCAAUGCAUUUACUUUUUGCCUAUUUUGCUCUAUGUUUUUCACAAGUGAUGAUGCACAGCAUCAAUUGCAAUCAGGUAAUUAUGCUAAAACAUUUGAACUUUUGAUAAACUCUCCUCAAUUCAAUCAUAUUCACAGUAUUGAUAAUGUGAAGCUUCAUUCAUUAGCGGUGGCAGCAAUAUACAAUAGCUUUGAUGCAGUUGCAAUUUUAAUGAAGAACUGUGACCUUACACCUGAAAAUAUCAUCAGUGCUUUUACCAGAGCAUGUUAUGAAGGUCAUUCUUCAAUGAUGCUUCACCUGUCCGAGAAAAUAACCACUCUUUCAGUUCAUGAGAGAAAAUUAUUAGUAGCAGCUGCUGAAGGAGAUUUAGGAACAUUAAUUAGUAUGAUUUAUGAAGCUGGUAUGAGUUUAGAUACUCCACUGGUAGCUGGUAUAACUCCAUUAAUGAUAGCAGCUUCAAGUGGACAUGCUGAAUUAGUUGAGGCAUUAAUAGAAGCUGGAGCUGAUGUUAACAAAAUGGAUGAUGAAGGACUUAAUGCAUUGGAGAUAGUGAAUGAUAUUGAGAAGAUGUUAUAAUGAUCGAACUGUUAUUAAAGAGCUGCUAAUUACCAAUACUCAAGCUAGUGAACCAGAUCCAGUACCAAAUAAGAAACCAAACCUAUACCGCAAUAAGUCAUUGUAUGACAAAUUCAAGUCAUUCAUAAAGAAAGCUUGUGAUCCAUAUGGUGCAAAGCAAAAAGAAAUGAAAAUAACUAAUGAAGUACCUGAUCCAUAUAACCGUUCAAAGCAAAAGAUAGCUUAUAAAGUACCUAGUGCACUUUACUCAGCAUUUACAAGUAAUAAAAUGGCACAGAUUGUGUUCUAAACCAACCGUGGCUUCAUUAUUAACUAUUAAUUAUUGUGUUUGUUAAUUAAGCUUUUACACGAUAGACUAUGUCCGUGUAUUAAUUUGAGUGACAUUAUUAUUUAGAUUGCUAUCAUUGUGCUUUUAUAUAUAGAUCUAGUUUAUUUUUAUUA